AUGUCAUGUGCAGCAGCAACUGUGUACAAGCCGCCGUUACCACAUAAACAACGGUUUUUGCCUCUCUUUUAUUUUGUUUCUGCUGCUCUAAACAUGAAUGGACUAAGCCGAGCUGAUAUAUCUUUUAUUACACGUAUGGCCCGCUAUGUGGGUGCCACCAAUAAUGGAAACUGGCAGGCGGUUGCCGCUGCACAUCAGGAUAAUACAAAUAAUAGUAAACGAACAACAAAGGCUUGUCGGGAUAUGUAUGUAUCUAUAGUUAUCGAAAAGAAACCGGCGCUCGUACCGGACGUGUGGGACGGCAAAACCGAUAGUUUAAGAUUUAUACUAUAUCAACAACUUAAGGCUUCUGUUACCGUCCCCCGCACCUCUUGA